GUCCAGCCCCUCAGGGGGCACCCUAGGCCUUCCACAGCCAGCCGCCUGUGUGCCUGCCCCCCACCCAUCUGCGGGCCACUCACCAUGGGUGGCUGCUUCUCCAAGCCCAAGCCAGUGGAGCUCAAGAUCGAGGUGGUGCUGCCCGAGAAGGACCGGGGCAAGGAGGAGCUGUCCGCUGGCGGGAAGGGCAGCCCCCGGGCCUACCAGGGCAACGGCACAGCCCGCCAUUUCCAUGCAGAGGAACGCCUGCCUGCCCCCCACCCCUACCCUGGUGCCCAGGACUGCCUGGAGGCUGCUGUCUGCCACAUCAAAGACCUGGAGAACGGCCAGAUGCGGGAAGUGGAGCUGGGCUGGGGGAAGGUGUUGCUGGUGAAAGACAACGGGGAGUUCCAUGCCCUGGGCCACAAAUGUCCGCACUAUGGUGCGCCCCUGGUGAAAGGAGUGCUGUCCCGUGGACGGGUGCGCUGCCCCUGGCAUGGCGCCUGCUUCAACAUCAGCACCGGAGACCUGGAGGACUUCCCUGGCCUGGACAGUCUGCACAAGUUCCAGGUGAAGAUUGAGAAGGAGAAGGUGUACGUCCGGGCCAGCAAGCAGGCCCUGCAGCUACAGCGAAGGACCAAGGUGAUGGCCACGUGCAUCUCUCCAAGCGCUGGCCACAGCAGCAGCACCAACGUGCUCAUCGUGGGCGCAGGCGCAGCUGGCCUGGUGUGUGCAGAGACGCUGCGGCAGGAGGGCUUCUCAGACAGGAUCGUCCUGUGCACUCUGGACCGGCACCUCCCCUACGACCGGCCCAAGCUUAGCAAGUCUCUGGAUGCACAGCUGGAGCAGCUGGCCCUGAGGCCCAAGGAGUUCUUCCGAGCCCAAGGCAUCGAGGUGCUCACUGAGGCCCAGGUGGUCACGGUGGACGUGAGGAACAAGAAGGCCGUGUUCAAGGAUGGCUUCAAGCUGGAGUACAGCAAGCUGCUGCUGGCACCCGGGAGCAGCCCUAAGACCCUGAGCUGCAAAGGCAAAGACGUGGAGAAUGUGUUCACCAUCCGGACGCCCGAGGACGCCAACCGCGUGGUGAGGUUGGCCCGGGGCCGCAACGCUGUGGUCGUGGGAGCCGGCUUCCUGGGGAUGGAGGUGGCCGCCUACCUAACUGAGAAGGCCCACUCAGUGUCCGUGGUGGAGCUGGAGGAGACGCCCUUCAGGAGGUUUCUGGGGGAGCGCGUUGGUCGUGCCCUCAUGAAGAUGUUUGAGAGCAACCGGGUCAAGUUCUACAUGCAGACGGAGGUGUCGGAGCUGCGGGCCCAGGAGGGAAAGCUGAAGGAGGUCGUGCUGAAGAGCAGCAAGGUCUUGCGGGCUGACGUCUGCGUGGUGGGCAUUGGUGCAGUGCCUGCCACGGGCUUCCUGAGGCAGAGCGGCAUAGGUCUGGAUUCCCGAGGCUUCAUCCCUGUCAACAAGAUGAUGCAGACCAAUGUCCCGGGCGUGUUUGCAGCUGGCGACGCUGUGACCUUCCCCCUGGCCUGGAGGAACAAUCGGAAAGUGAACAUCCCACACUGGCAGAUGGCUCAUGCCCAGGGACGCGUGGCGGCCCAGAACAUGCUGGCGCAGGAGGCGGAGAUCAGCACGGUACCCUACCUAUGGACCGCCAUGUUCAGCAAGAGCCUGCGCUACGCGGGGUACGGAGAAGGCUUCGACGACGUCAUUAUCCAGGGGGAUCUGGACGAGCUGAAGUUCGUGGCUUUUUACACCAAAGGCGACGAGGUGAUCUCCGUGGCCAGCAUGAACUACGAUCCCAUCGUGUCUAAGGUGGCGGAGGUGCUGGCCUCCGGCCGCACCAUCCGGAAGCGGGAGGUGGAGCUGUUUGUGCUGCACAGCAAGACUGGCGACAUGUCCUGGCUCACAGGGAAAGGAUCCUGAGCUUGCACGCAGCGGACUUGGGCAAGCAUGUUGGGGCAUCAGGGACAGAGGCCAAGCCUGGGGGGCAGGUGCCAACCUCCAGUUCCCCAGGAGCCCCCAGGGCAGAACCUGAGCCCUCUCAGUGCUUGCCUUCGGCUGCCUGGCUCACCUCCCAAGAGGCCUCAGCGGCCUCCAGGAGAUGCUCAGCCCCCAAGACGUCCAGUGCCACUGAUGGCUGGCAGUGGAGGCAGGACAGACCCUGCCUCUUCUUCCUCUAUUGGGACUGGUCCCCUGUAGGACCCUGCAACAUAUUAGACAUAAUCUUAAAAUUAAAACUCACACAUUUGCAGAUCUGUGUGACUUCCACUGUAAUUGGGCAAACUCUCAUGAGGGAGAAAGAUGAUGAGACAGGCACGACCACAGACCACAGAACGCUCAGUGUCACACCAAGGAAGUUCGGUCUGUGAGCGCCCAGAGGAGGGAGCAACCCCUUUGCUGCCCCCGGGGUUAGGGAAGGCUCCUCAGACCAAUGUCUUGGAUCUGGAUUUUGAAGGAAGGGCACUCCAGUUAGAGGGGACAGCACAUGCAAAGGUUUU